UGAUUUUGUUAUUGAAUCAGAGAUGGACGUUGGGGGUAAUGGUGGUGMUUUGAUUGUCAAUAAACAGAGGGCUAUGUUACCCAACAAAAGUAGGGGUGAAUUUGUCCGUAAUCAAAGAAAAGACUCGGAGGGCUUCUCCGAGUCUCCAGACCUUGAGUUUGAGUAUGCAGAUACAGACAAGUGGUCUGCUGAACUGUCAGAGCUAUACAGUUACACUGAAGGACCAGAAUUUCUUCUCAACAGAAAAUGCUUUGAGGAGGAAUUCCGAACUCAUGUGUCUGACAAGAAAUGGACCGAGCUGGAUGUGGCUCAACACAGAGCUCACGCCAUGCGUCUACUGGACGGCCUGGAGGUGAUCACCAGGGAGAAGAGGCUGAAGGUGUCCAGGGCAAUCCUCUACAUGGUUCAGGGGACGUUUGCGGAGUGCAGCUCUGAGGCAGAAGUGCAGCACUGGAUGAGGUAUAACAUCUUCCUGCUGCUGGAUGUUGGCACCUUCACGGCCCUUGUGGAGCUGCUCAACAUGGAGGUUGAUAACAGUGCUGCCUGUAGCAGUGCAGUCAGAAAGCCAGCAAUCUCCUUGGCUGACAGCACAGACCUCAGGGUGCUGCUCAACAUCAUGUAUCUGAUGGUGGUGACCAUCCAGCAGGAGGACCCAGCCGACUCACCUGAUUGGAGGGCCACCAGGGAGACCUUUAAAACAGAGCUGGGCUCUCCUCUGUACAACAACGAGCCCAUCUCUGUCAUGCUCUUUGGCAUGGUGACAAAGUUCUGCAGUGGUCACGCUCCCCACUUCCCCAUGAAGAAGGUUCUGAUGCUGCUGUGGAAGAGCAUACUGUUCACCCUCGGGGGGUUUGAGCAGCUCCAGAACAUUAAGGUGAGUAAGCGGGAGGAGCUUCGCCUGCCCCCCCUCCCAGAGGACAGCAUCCGGGUCAUCAGGAGCAUGAGGGCAGCCUCGCCCCCCGCAUCUGCCUCUGACCUCAUCGAACAGCAGCAGAAAAGGGCACGCCGUGAACACAAGUCCCUAAUAAAACAGGACAACCUGGACGCCUUCAAUGAGAAGGACCCCUACAAGUCAGAUGACCCUCGUGAAGAUGAGGAUGACAACGAUGACAAUGACAACUCCAUGGAGGCGGAGCCUUUUCCCAUGGAACGGGAUGAGGUCAUGCCCCCACCCAUCCUACACCCCCCCUCAGAGAGGGUGAACUUCCCCAAGGGCCUGCCUUGGGCCCCCAAAGUCAGGGAAAAGGACAUAGAACAUUUCCUGGAAUCAAGUAGAAGCAAAUUUAUCGGCUAUACGCUUGGAAAUGACACAGAUACAGUUGUCGGCCUACCCAGACCCAUCCAUGAAAGCAUCAGAACCUUGAAGCAGCAUAAGUACAUCUCUAUAGCUGAGAUUCAGAUUGCCAAGGAGGAUGAGUUUCAGAAAACUCCACUGUCAGGGGGAGAAGAGGAUGUGGAGAUGUGCUCCACUGAGCUGCUAUACCAGGGCAUUCUUCCCAGCUUGCCUCAGUACAUGAUUGCCCUGCUGAAGAUCCUGCUAGCGGCUGCCCCCACCUCCAAGGCCAAGACAGACUCCAUCAACAUCCUGGCAGAUGUGCUGCCUGAGGAGAUGCCGACCACUGUGCUCCAGAGCAUGAAACUUGGUGUGGAUGUUAACCGCCACAAGGAGAUCAUUGUUAAGGCCAUCGCUGCCAUCCUGCUGCUGCUUCUCAAACACUUCAAACUCAAUCACGUCUACCAGUUUGAGUACAUGGCUCAGCACCUGGUGUUUGCCAACUGUAUUCCUCUCAUUCUCAAGUUCUUCAACCAGAACAUAAUUUCUUACAUCACAGCCAAGAACAGUAUUUCUGUGCUGGACUUCCCUUACUGUGUGGUGCAUGAGCUCCCUGAACUUACUGCAGAGAGUUUGGAGGCUGGCGACAACAACCAGUUCUGCUGGAGGAACCUGUUCUCCUGUAUCAACCUGUUGAGGAUCCUCAACAAGCUGACCAAGUGGAAGCACUCCAGAACCAUGAUGCUGGUGGUGUUCAAAUCUGCUCCCAUAUUGAAGAGGGCGUUGAAGGUUAAACAGGCCAUGAUGCAGCUGUACGUCCUCAAGCUGCUCAAAGUGCAAACCAAGUACCUGGGCCGCCAGUGGAGGAAGAGCAACAUGAAGACCAUGUCUGCCAUAUACCAGAAGGUCCGCCAUCGCCUCAAUGACGACUGGGCCUACGGUAACGACCUGGAUGCGCGGCCCUGGGACUUCCAGGCAGAGGAGUGUGCUCUGCGCGCCAACAUUGAGCGCUUCAACAGCCGCCGCUACGACAACAACCAGAGGAACCCUGACUUCCUGCCCGUGGACAACUGCCUGCAGAGCGUUCUUGGACAGCGCGUCGACCUGCCGGAGGAUUUCCAGAUGAACUAUGACCUCUGGCUGGAGCGAGAAGUCUUCUCCAAGCCCAUAUCCUGGGAGGAGCUUCUGCAAUGAUAACAGGGCUGGGUGGUGGGAGGUGGUGCUAUAGGAAGGUUUUCUGAACCCACCUCCCCAAGGUGGCAACACUAGUCUACAUCUCCACAUCGUUUAGUGCUGAAAAAGCAUACCUGUUACAGCCUUCAUAGAGCACUGCAUUUGUUUCUGAAAAUUCCGCAGACAAGAGUCCCCAUAACAAACAUGAUCCUUGUGUUGUCAUCUCGUGCAGAGAAAAUAACAGUCAGUAAGGGAUAUUCAGGAGGUAGAGGGUCAACACCUAAGUCACCUAAAUGUGGACCUUGCGCAUUAGCAUUACCCCUUCACAGUUGGACCAAUCAUUUAUAAUAUCUGAAUCCAGGCACUAGACUUCUCUUCUUUUUUUUAAAAGCGCAAAUAGGGGGUGCUUAUAUUUGUCCUGUUUCACACAUGUACAAGUGUGUAACCUGUACAAGCGUGUGGUGAAAUGGAAAUGUGUUUUUUGCAUAUCCCAUUUGGAGAGUGGUGUCACUCAUGGCCAAGGUGAACCAGGUCUUGAUUUACCCCAUGUAGAGCCUUUUCUAGUUUUCAACUGGACCUUUACAGAGUGCUAUAGGUUUUAUCAGCCUUGUCCAACCUCCAUGGUUGGGUAUGUAAACCCUUUAUAUUCUGUUACUUACACACAACUCCACACAUCCAACCUGCCAUGGUGCCACUCCUGGCUGUCGGACCAGUACUCUGCCCUUCAAGCACUAUAGUACACUAUUAUAACCCUUAGGAAGAAGUACAAAAUAAAGUGUGUGUGUGGAAGAGCGAUUGUGAGGGAAGGGUUGCUUGAGUGUGUGUGUGUGUACAGUAUGUCUUAUGGUUACUGAUAUAACCCCCUGUUGACCAGGCUUUUGAUGUUCCAUUAGUACUCUUCUCACUGAGUGACCGUUGGCUUGUAUGAAUCACACACCUCUAUCAACCCUGGUGGAGACAAUUUAGAUUGGUAUUAAGACAUUUUAAUGGAAUUUACAGCCCAAUGUUUUAACCUAAAGCAACAGGCACACGUGCUGGCCACUACACAACCUUAUUGGCUGAUAACUUGGGAAACAAACCUUAAUUUUGUAUGUGUGUGUGCACAGUAUGUUUGAGAGAGUGAGGGAAGAAAGUGGUUCUCACUCACUCUUCACUAGCUAAUGUUUUUUUUUAACUCAAGGGAACAAUUUUGCCCACCUGUUAACUCCUCAGUUCUAAGAUAAUUGUAUAGUUGCAUUGUGCUUAUACUAAUUUACCACAGCUAUUGCUUUUUUUGUGUUAGGUUUUAUUUAUUUGCACCAAAGACAAAACAGUACAGAUAAAACAGAAUGGUAGAAACUGUGCAGGUGAGGUUGGAAGCCCAAAAGGGCUUUUAUGACAAAUAUAAGUACAUCAAAUAAAGUAUGUUCCAUCAGUUAAACAAAGCAUAUUAAUUUUAAUUGAACAUGAUAUACUCAUUAUACAAGACUGUGUGUGUGCAUCUGUGUGAGUUAGACAUGGAGGGGAUUAUUGGGUAGUUUGGUUCAUCAGGCGGACCCCCAGUCUUCGCMUGAAGUUAUUGAUGGAUGAUGUUUGGCAUUGUGAACAUAAGAAUUCCAGAGUAUGGUACCUCUGUAUCUGAUAGAGAAUUAUCUGUGUGAGGCAGUGGGGAGGGUGAAGGUUAUCGCAGUGUCUUGUGUUAUAUAGAUGGAUUUCCAGGGAGAAUCCAUUAACGGGUUUAGGUAAACUGUCUGGGAGGUAUAUGUAGAUGAAAGUGCAUAAUUGGCGUACCUUAAUYUCGUAAAUAGACAAGAUAUUGAGUUUCUUAAACAAAGGUGAAAAUGUAUUUUGUAUGAUGGGUAAUUUGUGUAGGUACGAGGCAUAUGUACCGGCCCAGAAUUGUUUUAUCGUAAUGAGAUAUGGGUCAAUUAAGCUACAGUAUAGAGUUAGGAAGCAAGCCUGAUGAACCGAACCAUGUUCUACGAUUUUAGAAAAACAUGGUAGUGCAGAUAUUGGGUGAUGAAUUGUAAAAGAUCUUGGAUCCCCAGAUUUAUAGAGAGGGGGAUAACUUUGGCAAUUACAUUUUUUUAGGAACACUACCAGUUUGCAUUGAUUUUGUGAAGAUAUACCUUAGAGGCUCAGUAAUCGAGGAAGACACUGAUUUCACCAGAGAGGCACCAAUCUCAUAACCUGCUGCUGAUAUCUUUGUUACCAAUUACCUCCAUUACAGCAGAAGGAUCAAACUUGAGAAGGGAAAUACCACUUCAUGUAAUCCAAGUGAUUUCCAUCAAUUUUCUAAAUUGUAUUUGACAGAGAGGAACCCACAUUCACAAAAACGUAUAAAAUUCACAUGAAAAAACAUCAGAAUCACUAUAGGUAUUAUUUCCAACAAUAAAUUGAGAUGGAGUAGUUCUAGAUGCCAUUUUCUUAUUCAAUAGUUGAUUGAUUUUCAAAGUUUACUUAAUUUUAUUUAAGGAUUCUUGAAAUGUGUUAGUAAAAUAUAUUUUGGGGGAUAUCUGAAGUAGGUGAGUAAAUUUGUUCUUAUACUUUUUUACAUUUGCAGAAUUUAGGGGAGAGGGAUUUGUGAGAAACGUUUUUAUAGAACUUCUUUUUAACUGAGGAUGUUUUGAGACCGGUUGUAAACCAAUGUUUCCAGAACCCUUCUGCUGCUCUCUUAUGUGGUUUAACUAAGGUGGUGAAUUACAGAAUUAAAAGAUGUGAGAAAAGUCUGGCAAGCAGACUCCACAUCAGCCUGAUUAUUAUAAUGGUUAUUGAAGAGAGAAUCUAACAUGGAGAAAUGUAAUUAUGACAUCGUAUGACGUUAGGAUGUUGGAAAAACCCUUAUUUAUCAUGUCAAUAUGUUUAGCAUUGUAUGACUUUAUAAAUACUGUAUUAAAAUGAUGCUCUCUUA